AAAAAAGAGUUUCACCUUUUUGGGCAAUCCAGGCAAACAUUUCACAUUUGUUUACAUUGAAGCCAAGCAAAUCUACGCCAAUACUUUUGUAGAUUACGUUGUCAAUGCCCAUACUUGGGAAGUGUUUUCAAAUCAAUGAAACGAGUGUGGCGGGAAGAGCAGAGGGAUUAAAAUCUGCAUACAGUGGUAUGGUAAUUUCAACCGUAACUUGAUUGAAUUGAAACCAUGUUGACAUACUUCAUUUUUUUUUCCGGUUUGUUAUCUCGUGUUCACACAUUUUUACCUUUUCUUUACCUUUCCCUCUUUGCCAUGUGUACUGGAUUUUCUUCCUUGUAACUUUAGGAAAAUGCUUCUUUGCUCUCCUCCAAAAGCAAAUCGAUGACUUAAUAUGGCUGAAUGGCUGCAUCUUGCAGCUACAUGUAUUGACAGUCAGCAAAAUGUGCUAAUAAAUGAUAUGACAACUGCAUAUAUAUUAUUGAUACAAUCUCAAAGCGUUCUUUAAGUCGGAAUUAAGCAUUCUUUGUCAUUGUUGUCUUUCAUCUAUGAAACUAAUUUUUCAGUACAUGAUAUCUUCUAGAUUCGUUAAUUUACCUUUGGUUAUUAUAGAAGUCCUAUGUUGUUAAGUGACAAUGCAGGAGAAUGAGGAGACUAACCCACUUGAGCAAAAUAUAGCCAGCAUGAGACCAGCAGGUUAUUAUUUAUUUUUCAUGAUGUAGUUGGAAGUAUUUAAUCCACUGUAUCUUUCAAAGUAUGUUCAUUUUUUCUCUGUAGCUUUAAAUGGGGGAAAUGACAGUUCCAUUAUUUUCUUCUCAAAAUCUGAGUUUGGAACUCUUUAGACAGACACUUGGAUUUUGUGGAUUGUCUUUGACUUUUAGAAUAGACUUGAAUACCAUGAAUUUUUUCUGGUGUCGUUUCUUACAAUACUGCUUUCAUCAUUAUAUCUUGGAUUUCAUGAAAUUUGUAUUGCUUCAGAAUUUUUCAGUAAAGUUCAACACUCUUUUAUCAGUAGCUUUUGUUUCACCAUGGCAAACUAGCAUAGGUCUAGUGGUGUAAUUAAACAGCUACGCGCCACUGCUCUUUGCAUUUAUUCUUGCAUAAGGUGGCCGUUAGUUUUCUGUUUUAUGACUUCUAGAGCACAUAUAAUUUUCAAGAGUGUGGGCAUCAUAUCGACAGUAUGGUUCAAGUCGGCACAAUCUAUACAUUCUGUGUGUGUGUAUAUUAUUUUGCCAGCCAUUUCUUUACCUUUUCAUGGUUCAUUUUUACUCUUAGAUUGUAUUACCACUUGUAUGAAUAUUAAUUUUUACCUUAAUCACACAAGGACAACUCAUUUAGAUUCAUACAACUUAGAGCACCUCCUUUAUUUCAUGCUGAAACACAUUUCACGUGUUGGAUACGGUCAAUAUUGCUUUGCUCAUACAUUGCAUUAGCAAUCAUUAAUUUUGCAUCCAACUGAAAAUCGUAAGAAAUCUAAAGUGCAUUUAAUAGAAUAAAUUUUUCUAUUUAGGAAAGAAAUCUUCCUGAAUUUAUUGGGUCAGUAGGUGCCGAUGCCUGCCCUAUAAAAGCACGCAUAUUCGCUUCAAGGUAAGCAAACCGAAUAGAAACACUAUUUUUCAUUACUCUACAUUUUCAUCAUUUCUUGGUAAUGAUGGCAAGAAAGAAGGUGAAAUUGGCCUACAUCACUAAUGACGGUGCUCGCAAAGCGUGCUUCAGGAAAAGGAAGAAGGGACUUUUGAAGAAGGUGAGUGAACUCAGCACUCUUUGUGAUGUUAAUGCUUGUGCUAUUAUCUAUGGCCCCUAUGACACCGAACCAGAGGUCUGGCCUUCGCCCGACGGAGUCCAACGCGUCCUUGCACAGUUCAAAAGCAUGCCAGAGACGGAGCAAAGCAAGAAGAUGUUUGACCAAGUUACCUACUUGAGCCAACGGAUUGGGAAAGCUCAGGAGCAGGUCAAGAACCAGACAAAGGAAAACCGCGAAAAGGAUGUGAAGCAUGUCAUGUUCCAGAGCUUAUCUGGAAAGUCCCUCCAGGGCUUGAUGCUGAUGGACUUGCAGGAUUUGACGUGGACGAUUGACCAAUACCUUGAGCAGGUGCACAGCAGGAUGAAGAAUUUCAAGGAGGCUUUGAAGAAUGAGAACCAGGAGCAAGGAGCCACAGCUGCAGCUGAUCGACCAAUGGAUAACGUUACGCCGUAGAUGCAGAAGCAGCACCACCAGCAGAAACCAUGUUUCCUGGAUUUCAUUAACCCACCACCACCCACAGCCAUAAGGGGUCUGCUUAUGUGAUUCCUCCAUUUUCUGUAGUCUUAAAAAAUUGUUUUGCUUUUAGUUUUUGGUGCAUGUCUUGUAUGCUUUUCUUUAUCUUUGUCUUCUGUUUGAACCACAGAGUUUAAUUUGUACUUUGAUUAAUAUGAUGUG